GCAGAUAUCAACGAUGGAUGGCGUCACCGUCGCUUUGUUGUGUGUGGCGAUAGCGACACUGCUUGUCGCCAAAUACUUCUACGUGCCGCGACGACAACGCGAUCUGCUGGAGAAAAUCCCCGGCCCGCCCCUCAAGCCGGUGAUUGGCACUUUCCUCGGGAAUCUUUUGGACAUGUACCGUCCGACGCAGGCAGAGUUUUUCAAGAGUAAUCAAGCAAUGAACAGGAAGUACGCGGCUGAAGGUGGAAUCGUGCGUUUCUGGAUCGGACCUUACGGCUUUGUCAGAAUCACACGAGCGGAGACGGCCGCGGUAAUUCUGAAGAACAACAAGCAUAUAGAGAAAUCUAAAGACUAUGACUUUAUACGGCCUUGGUUAUGCGAGGGUCUAAUCACCAGCUCGGGAGAAAAAUGGUUCAAACGUCGGCGACUUUCUGACGCCUGCUUCCAUUUCAAAAUCCUGAACGACAGCGCGCCAAUAAUCAGCGAACAGAGCGCCAUCUUGUGUUCGCUAUUGGAAGAGAAAGCCGAUGGGAAAACCGUGUUUGAUUUCGCCACGUACAUGUCUGUCUACGGCCUGGACGUGAUUGGCGAAAUGGCUAUGGGCAAAAAGCUACACGCACAGACGACAGGAAAAGCCAGCGACUACGUGACGUCCGUGUUUUGGAUGGUAACCAUUAUGAUGAAGCGAAUGAAAUCACCAUGGUUGUGGAGUGACUUUAUUUUCCAUCUGACGGCGGACGGCAAAAGAACCCAAAGAGUCUGUCUAUUUGCACGAAUUUACAACGAAGUACCUGUAAUUCACGAGAGAAGUGAAGCCCUUCAGCUAGAGAUCAAGGCGAAUGCGGCAGGUGCGGACGAAGAGUCACUGUUUGCUGGCAAACGCAAGGCAUUCCUAGACAUCCUGCUCAUGGCUAAGAAGGAUGGUCAGCCACUGAGCCUGGAGGACAUCAGGGAGGAAGUGGACACGUUUUUGUUUGCGGGGCAUGAUACGACGGCUGUGGGUAUCAGUUGGAAUAUGUACACCAUAGGACGCAAUCCUGACGUCCAGAAAAAAAUCCAAGAGGAACUGCAUAGUAUAUUCGGUACGUAUAGAGCUUGUAAGAUGAACUACUUGGAACGUGUGAUGAAGGAGACGCUGCGUCUGUACCCGUCGGUGCCGGCAGUGUCGAGAAUGCUGGACAGCGACGAGACGAUCGGUGGCUACCUCGUGCCGAAGGGCACCACCGUGCAGAUGGCCCAGUACACGAUCCAGCACUCUCCGAACGAAUAUCCGGACCCGGAGCGCUUCGAUCCGGAUCGAUUCCUGCCGGAGAACGCCGUCGGACGGCAUCCGUACGCGUUUCUGCCGUUCUCGGCCGGUCCGCGAAACUGCAUCGGUCAGAAGUUUGCUUUGCUGGAGGAGAAGGGAACGCUAUCAUCUCUGCUGCGUCGCUUCCACGUCAAUGCCGUCGUUCCCGAGAACGAGCUGGUACUCAUUCCGGAAGUGACGUUACGUUGCGAAGGCGGCAUCAGAGUAAUCCUGACUAAGCGGAGGACAGCCGACGCGACAGUCGACGGUUAGCAGCGCAUGCGCAAUCGCACGAGGCACGCGCGAGAGCUGUGGAGGAGAAGACUACGAAGGACUAGGAACGUCACGAAGCUGCGGAGUCACGACGCGAAGAGACGCCGGCGGUUGCGACGUGUCGCAGACGAUCUCGCGUCACGACGGUCGCACGUGACCGCCAUGACGCGGCGCGCGAAGCGAUGACGUCACCGCGAUUUGUGGCAUCACAGAGAGCGAUGACGUCAUCGUGAUUUGUGACAUCACCGAGACUGAUGACGUCACCGUGAUUUCAUAUAUCGGCCGCCAUCUUGUGACGUUUGUGGUGAUACGGUGAUUGCAGGCCUUAUGAGCUUGGGGGGGGAGGGCGGUAAAAUCAGUAGAUUUAAACAGCGCGUUAUCAUUCUAGCUAUCGUACCCGUUCAUUGUAACAUAUACACGGGUCGCCACCACUCAUUUCUAACUUGUUACUAUUAGAAACGCGCUUUUCGUUAUAACGGAAGACUCAUCAGAUAUAGGUUUUAGGUGGGUUUUUUUCAAUUCCAAUUCGUAUUUAGAAAACGAAGAUGAAGAAGAAAGAGAAAUGUUGUUGCAUUUGUAGGAGGCAAGGCGUAUUUGUGACUAUUGUAGAUUUUUUCCCGUUAUAAAGGAAUAUAGACGUAUGGCCAAUAUAGCUUCCGCGGUUGUUACUUGGUGAUGCUGCUUUUGUUUACUUAUCUGUGUUGAUUAAAAGUCUCAUUGAAUAAAAAUCUA